AUGGCGGGGAGCAGCGAAGGCAUCAUAUACUCUGCAACUUAUAGUGGGGUUCCCGUCUAUGAAUUUAAACUAGAUGGCGAAAGUGUGAUGAGGCGGAGAGCAGACGAUUGGAUCAAUGCAACACAUAUUCUGAAGAUAGCAGGGUUUGACAAGCCAUCGCGAACGCGGAUUCUAGAGCGCGAGGUCCAAAAAGGCGUCCAUGAGAAAGUGCAAGGUGGUUAUGGAAAAUAUCAGGGAACAUGGAUUCCGCUAUCCGAUGCGCGUCUUCUGGCCGAACGCAACAAUAUCCUAGACAAAAUCCGGCCCAUAUUAGAUUAUGUCGCAGGAGAUCGAAGCCCACCGCCAGCACCAAAGCAUACCACUGCCUCCAAACCGAGGGCCCCCCGAUUAUCAGCUGCCGCAAAGCGGGCUGCCUCACGGGAUGAUUCUUUUGCAAUGAGAGCACCUCGAAUGAAUGCCCCCAGCUUCGCGCAAGAGAGUUAUGAAAUGCCGCCUCCUCAAUUCGAGGAGGAAGAGUCGAUUGGGCACACGACGCUCGAAACGUCCUCGAUGAUGGCAGAUGAUGAUAUGAUUCCAAUGUCGCAACACUCAACUCAUUCUAGAAAGCGAAAGCGUAGAAUGAAUGAGGCAACUGCGAUGUCGAUAAGUGAACAGGAGCAUAUAUUAUAUGGAGAUCAGCUUUUGGAUUAUUUUAUGACUGUGGGCGAUGCUCCAGAAGCGACGAAGGUGCAGCCUCCAGUACCACCAAUUAAUUUCCAGGUUGAUCGUCCUAUUGAUGACCAAGGGAACUCGGCACUUCACUGGGCUGCAGCCAUGGGCGACUUGGAAAUCGUACGAGAUCUGCUUCGUCGAGGCGCAAAUGCACAAGCUUUAUCUGUCCAUGAGGAGACUCCGCUCGUGCGUGCCGUUUUGUUUACAAACAACUAUGAGAAGAAAACAAUGCCUUCGCUUGUCAACCUGCUUCAAGAUAACCUCACUUUCCGAGACUGGUUUGGUGCCACCGUCUUCCACCAUCUCGCAGAAACCACGCGAAGCAAGGGCAAAUGGAAGAGCGCCCGUUAUUACUGUGAGGUCCUGCUCCAGAAACUGCGUGAUACAUUCCCGCCGCAGGAGCUUGACAUGCUACUUUCUUGUCAGGACUCAAAUGGGGACACGCCCGCCCUUGUGGCCGCCCGGAAUGGGAAUUUCCGUUUGACUUCUCUGUUCCUCCUCCACUGUUCUGAGUCCGGAAAUUUGGUAAACCAGAAGGGCGAGACAGCUAUUAAUCUCAUGGACCAAGCAAACGCUGAACGCGCGAUACCACACGCACCUUCUAGUGUGACUUAUGUUAAUGACCACCAUGAUCUCGAAACCCUUGGCGUAGCAAGUACCGGACGCGCUUUGAAACUAGCGGCGGAGUCUACUCCUGAGACUUCCGCGUUAGCUUCUAAAAUCGUGGCUCUAAUGGAUGAAGCAAACCGAAAACUCACGCAAGCCUACGGAAGUGCUAAGAUAGGACAGCAUAAUGCGGAUGCGACAAGCCCACAAGACCUGUUUGAGCAACUAGAAAAGGACCGGGAGACGAUCCAAAAAGAGAAAGCUGCCUUGUCCUCCCGAGAGAAUGUGCAUGACAGUGUUGAUUCACAGAUGGCUCGGUAUAAAGAAGUCGAAGAGCGAUGCACAUCGUUAAUUGAACAAAUCCAUCAUCAAAAGCUAUCAGACAGUUUUGUAGCUGUAUCUACAGCGACCAAAGAGGCUUCCCCGGGUGGUGACCCGACUUCAGAAGAACUACAGCAACGUUAUAGUCUAAUCCGAUCAUUAAUUUCGGCACAACAAUCCCGGCGUACGGCCGUGCGGGAUCUUGUCCAGCAGAAGGCUGAUGCUGGAGUAAGUACAAAGCUUGAUAUGCAUCGCAAGCUUGUCUCGCUAGCAACCGGGUUGAAAGAGGAUGAACUCGACCCGAUGUCGGCUGAACUUGCGGAAACACUCGAGUUUGACCGAAUCAAUGAAAAGACGGCGGAUAAUCCAUCAUCGGCAGAGCGGAUGCUGCUUUCCAAUGAACGGGCCUCUGCACAUUCCAUUGCUGCUGGUUUGAGUGUCCCCGUUGAUGUUUGA